AUGUUCUUUUGUGAACUUAAGGAUAAUGACUUUAAGAUUGUUGUUUAUUGUUUUGUUAUAGUUAACUGUCCUGAAGGGUAUUAUUUAGACAAUAAUGAAUGUUUACCCUGUGAUAUUGGUCAAUAUACUGAUGAAGAAAAACAAACAACUUGUAAACAAUGUCCUGUUGAUAUGACAACUGGUUCUCUAGCCUCCACCAAUAUUAGCCAGUGUUAUUCUCUAUGUGAUGUUGGUCAUUAUUAUGAAAGUAUCUCUAGUAAUUGUAUUAAAUGUAAUAUUGGUGAAUAUCAAGAUCAAUCAGGACAAACUCAGUGUAAAUCAUGUCCUAUUGGUGAAACAACUAAAGAUAUAGGAUCUACUAGUAUAACAGAUUAUUUAUGUAAAUUAGGAGAAGAACUAUCUGUAACUGGAGAAUGUGUGAAAUGUCCUAAAGGAUCUUACCGAGAUGAUUUAGAUCAAGAGUAUUGUCAAGCUUGUCCUUAUGGAUGGUCUACCUCAGAUGUUGGUUCAACAUCUAUAUCACAAUGUACUGUAGCUCACUGUCAGCGUGGUGAAUACCUAAACGAAGAUAAUACUUGUGAAUUAUGUGAAAAAGGAACAUAUCAACCUAAUCGUGGACAAACUAGUUGUAUAGCUUGCGGUAGAGGAUUAACUACUAGUGAUAAAGGUUCUACAUCACAUGAUGAUUGUAGACCAGGUCCAAUAGAUGAAUGUAGACUAGAUCUUGAUGACUGUGAUGACGAUGCUGAAUGUUUAGAUGAAGAAGAUGGCUUCAGCUGUGUUUGUAAUUUUGGUUUCACUGGAAACCUAAAUGGAUCUGUUUGCAUUGAUAAUUGUGAUAAUAGAUGUGAUAUACAUGGACAAUGUCACUAUUAUAAUAAUGGUAAUUCAUUCUGUUCUUGUCAAGAUGGUUACCAAGGUGACAGAUGUGAUCAAAUAGAGGGUAAAUUAACUCUUUAUAAAGAAUAUUUUUUUGUGAAAAACUUCAUUCAUUUUUCAUUCAUUAUUUAUUGUUUAUUCUGUAAGUCUUUUCCGAAAUAA